AUGCAGUGCCUAGUGCCAGCCCUCCAGGACCACGCCAACAUGAAUGGGACUGGGGAGACGGCGGACAUACUGCCGCCUAACUGCAUGGUCAAGGACCGAUGGAAAGUGCUGAAGAAAAUCGGAGGAGGAGGUUUUGGGGAGAUCUACGAAGCGCUGGACCUAUUGACGCGGGAGAACGUGGCGUUGAAGGUGGAGUCGGCCCAGCAGCCCAAACAGGUCCUGAAGAUGGAGGUGGCAGUCCUGAAGAAACUGCAGGGUAAAAACCACGUGUGCAAAUUUAUUGGCUGUGGGAGAAAUGACAAAUUCAACUACGUGGUCAUGCAACUUCAGGGACGCAAUUUGGCGGACCUGAGGAGGAGCCAGCCUCGGGGGACUUUCACCAUGAGCACCACGCUCCGCCUGGGGAAACAGAUCCUGGAGUCUAUAGAGGCCAUCCAUUCUGUUGGCUUCCUGCAUCGAGAUAUCAAACCGUCAAACUUCGCCAUGGGAAGGCUGCCUUCGACCUUGAGGAAGUGUUACAUGUUGGACUUCGGCCUCGCGCGCCAGUACACCAAUACCACUGGAGAAGUCCGCCCUCCGAGAACUGUCGCAGGUUUUCGAGGAACUGUCCGAUAUGCCUCAGUCAACGCACAUAAAAACAAAGAAAUGGGACGCCAUGAUGACCUAUGGUCUUUAUUUUACAUGUUGGUGGAAUUUGCAGUUGGACAGCUACCAUGGCGGAAAAUCAAGGACAAGGAGCAAGUUGGGCAGAUAAAAGAGCGAUAUGACCAUAGGAUGCUGCUGAAACACAUGCCUUCAGAGUUUCAUAUCUUCCUCGACCAUGUAUUGGGCCUUGACUACUACACCAAGCCGGAUUAUCAGCUGCUGAUGUCGGUGUUUGAGAACAGCAUGAAGGAGCGCAUCAUCAUGGAAAAUGAGCCGUUUGAUUGGGAGAAAGGAGGGACAGACUCCACACAGUCAACAAGCGCCUCCACCCAACCACAACACAACACACGGCCCACCGUCGCCAUGGUGGGAGCCCUCAACACCCCGGUGCCCGUAGACCUCCAGAGGGAGAACACGGAGAACGUGCUGCAGGACGAGCACCUCAGCGACCAGGAGAAUGCCCCUCCGGCCCUGCCCCCCGGUGGGAGCCGCCAGGGGGGAGGUGGCCAGACGCCCGCUAAGGGCGAGGGAUGGGAGGACACCGACUUCAACCGCAACAAACUCAGGAUCAGCCUGGGCAAGGGAGCCCAGGAGGGGGAUGAACCCAGCAGAGGGGCCUGUCCCAUGUCUCCGUGCCGGCCAGGAGGGGCCCCCGAGUCCCCCAGUGGCCAGGUGCGCUCGCUCCGGUACCGCCGCAUCAACAGCCCCGAGUCAGACCGCAUGUCGGCCGCUGAUGGGAGGGGCGUCGACGGAUACGGCCAAAGGUCCCGCAUGGACAUCCUGGGAUCGCCCUCGCGCCACGUGUACUCGUCCCAGCCGGCCAUGAUGCUGUCUGUGGACUGCGGCCUGCAGCGCGGGCGGCACGGCGAGGGCUCGGUGGCGUCCGUGGACCAGGAAGCCCACAGUAAUGCCUUUAUCAGAUCGGUGCCGCUGGCAGAGGAAGAAGACUUUGAUAGCAAGGAGUGGGUGAUCAUCGACAAGGAGACGGAGCUGAGGGACUUCCAGCCUACCACGUCGGGCACCACCGAUGAGGAGCCUGAGGAGCUGAGGCCCCUGGAGGAGGGAGAGGAGAGGAGGCGGCUGCGUGGAGGAGGGGCGGAGUUGGUGGUGCGACCCAAGACGACCCACACGACCAACAGCAGCCGGGGCAUGCUCACACUCACUGAGGAGGAAGCCUCCAGACGAAGUGGGGGGAGCCCCGCCAUGUCGCCCUGUCAUUCACUCCCAUCAGGCCGUCCUAUUGGACCACAAAGACCGCUGGAGGAUGACAGGCACCACCCGAGGCCCAAUCAGCUGCGGAGGCUGGCCUCCUACGUCUUCUCAUCCUCCACGCUGGAGACGGAGCAGUACCCGCACCCCGGAGGGUCCUUCAUCCAGCGGAGCCGCUCGGCCGAGAGCAGCCCCGCCCACAUGAACGCUUCCACCCACCGGCGCCAUGCUCCCCUGCAGAGCCCGGGCAGCCCGCGGAGCAGGCACUCGGUCCUGAACGUGUCGCGCACGCAAAUCCAGCAAUUGCUUGCCAAGCUCAUGAACAAGAACGUGAUCAUGUCUCCGACUGAGCACAAUGGUCUAUCUCAGCCUUGUCCAGACUUCAGGACCAAGGGCCAGCUGGACGAGAAGGAGCAUUUCCACAUCCUUCCCCAGCUCCAGGUCAAGCGGGCCGACUUCCUCACCGUCAUGCUGACCGGCACCCUUCCUCAGCGGCGAACCUUCACAGCAGCUCUGCCAGCAGAGAACGAGGUCCAGGAGCCCCAGGGCCCGCGGGACGAUGACGUGACCAAGAGUGAGUCGAACAGCGAGGCCAGCCAAAAAAGCACAGAGCGGAGCCAGGAUGGGGCCCCUAAUACCCUCAUGGCCGAUGAUGGUCCCAGGUGCCCCCGGGAACCCGCCUCGGCCGCAGAUGCUGACCCUGACUUGGAGGACGGCUCCAAGACCCUGGUUCUGUUCUCGCCGGGGGAUACCCGAAAGUCUCCAUCCACUGGGGGAGAACACGUCCUGCUGGAGGUUGACUUCGGGACGCCGUCUGCCUCUACCCCUAGGAACGAUAUGCCUCUGGUGGGUGCGGGCAGCCAGCCAGAGCUCUCCUUCACACUGAGGUCAGACUUGAGGCCAUCCACCCCAAUCGCCCCCGUGUCUCCCCCCUUCACCAAAGUCGAGCGCACCUUCGUCCAUAUCGCCGAGACUUCUCACUUUAACGUCAUGUCUUCCAGAGGUCAGACCGCAAAGGAGAGCUGCGACCUCUCUGCCGUUACCCAGGAGACCUCACCAUGGGAAGGAGACUCCCAUGAUCAGACCGUACAUGUUGAACAGGGUGAUGAAUCCCAGCGUCUUUCCAGAGAGCCCCAAGCCCAUUCUAUCCCAGACGUGACCCUGGAGAACGGUGUCACUCGCACCAAACCAGACGACCGCCCACCGCUGGUUUUUGUUAAGUCCUUGGAACCUGUCCCAGAAGCCAUGUCGCCCAUUCUGGAACACAAAACUCUCUCUGCAGAUCCCAACAAGGGGGCAUUGUCUACCGAAGGUGUUGCCGAGUCCAACGCUGGAUUACCGUAUACCGCACUCAGGCAGAGGAUCAAAAGCCGCAUCCCGGUUCUACUGUCUGAAGAAGACACAGGCUCGGAGCGUUCAGCCUCACUCUCUGCCCGAGCGCGACUACGGAAGAGAGCCCGGCAACUGGACCUGGCACGGCUGGUGGUGCAGAAGCAGCAGGGCCGCUGGAUGAGGCUACCUUCGGGGACAUCCUCCUCGUUGUCCUCUGGCGAUGGGAGGGCCUCCGAGACGCUCUCCACCACCGGCUCGGAAGAAGACACCCACGCCUCGGAUGAGUCCCUGGCCAGGAGGAGCUCAUGUCUGAAGGCCAGGGCAGGGGCUGGAGGGGACCAGAGCCAUACGGAGUGGCGCAGCAGAAUCCCCAGGCCCGUCACCCCCAUCAAGAGGCCCUCGGGGCGGCUGGUGGCCGCCGUGGCCUCCCCUCUCGCGUUGCCAGUAUCGGGCAUUUGUAGAGAUGCAUCCACCUUUGGUAAUGGGCUCCAAGUUCAGAAAAUAGGACUGAGCACUCUCCCGACCCAGAGGCGGUCUAAACCUCUGCAGACUGGCUCCUCCUCUUCCUCCUCCUGUCCGAGGCCAUGUCCUGUCCCCGCCCAGCCCUGCGGCAGCCCCCGCAUGCCCCUGCGCUGCGUUUUCAUGACCCGACGCAGCCUAAGCACCUCCCACUGCAGGACAGACAGCCCCUCCCCCCAACGUGUCCAUCCAACUAGACAGCCCCUCUCUGUCCGGCUCACAACUGCCCCUCCGCUCCGGCCCAGGGCUAAUACUACUACCACCACCAUGAAACAGGCCAACUCACAGGGCCGCUUUACCCAGGCGUUCACCGCUAUGCCUGCCAGAAUCAGAGCCAAAUCCACAGGCCCUGCCAAAGCGAAACAAAGCAGAGAGGACAAGAUGGCUACCUCGAGAUAG